GCGCGCGCACGGGCGGACGUACACCACGCACGGAAGGACGCACGCAGAACGGCGAGCGAGUUUGCCUUGGCGAGCGAGAGAGUGAGGCGCUCGGGGAGGGUGCCACCCCUUUCACCUUCCCCCCGGGAACCAGAGCCGUUUUGGCUGUAGCUGUUCUGAUAAUCCUGCAAAGGAAGUCUGAAACGGAAUCAGAAGGACAAUUGCAAGUACGGAAGACCUUUCUUCGUUGACAUGAAACCUUAAAAAGGAACAGACCAGAUAAUAACGAGAUGGGAGCAUCAAGCAGCAGCAUUAAUGAGCUUCCAGAAAAUGAAUACUUGAAAAAAUUAUCAGGACGAGAGGCAAUCUCAGAGAAUGACCCAUUCUGGAAUCAGCUGCUUUCUUUUAGCUUUAACACCCCAACAAACAGUGCUGAGUUAAAGCUUUUGGAAGAAACGGCAGUCUCUGUCUGCAAGUCUUUAGUGGAGAACAAUCCUCGGACAGGAAAUCUUGCGGCGCUGAUUAAAGUCUUCCUUUCCAGAACCAAAGAGUUAAAAAUUUCAGCAGAAUGUCAAAAUCACCUCUUUAUCUGGCAGGCUCACAACGCUCUGUUUAUUAUUUGCUGCCUGCUCAAAGUGUUGAUCUCUCAGAUGUCAGAAGAAGAGCUGCAACUUCAUUUUACCUGUGAGGAGAGGACACCAGGCUCUUAUGGAAUAGAAUGUGAAGACCUUAUGGAAGAGUUACUCUGCUGCCUCAUUCAACUAAUUGUUGAGAUCCCUCUUUUAGACAUAACAUACAGUAUUUCUCUGGAAGCGGUGACAACUCUUGUCGUUUUCCUCUCCUGCCAACUUUUCCACAAGGAAAUUCUGCGGGAAAGCAUUGCACACAAAUACCUCAUGCACGGCCCAUGUCUUCCAUACACCAGCAGGCUUGUGAAGACCUUGCUAUAUAACUUCAUCAGACAAGAGAGGAGUCCUCCCCCAGGCGCCCAUGUCUUUCAGCCAGAGCCAGACCCAGACGGAGGAGGAUUGCUGUAUGGAAUUGCAUCAGGAGUUGCAACUGGCUUGUGGACAGUGUUCACCUUAGGAGGAGUGGGCAGCAAGCGAGCCGCUCAACAGGAAGAGUCUUCCCCUCUAGCUAAUCAAAGUCUUCUGUUGCUACUUGCAUUAGCAAAUCUGACAGAUGCACCAGACACACCGAACCCUUACCGGCAAGCUAUUAUGUCCUUCAAGAACACACAAGAUAGCACAGUUCUUCCAUCACCAAAUCCUCAUGCUUUCCAGAUUAACUUCAACAGUUUAUAUACCACUUUGUGUGAACAGCAGAAUUCUGAUCAAGCAACUCUCCUUUUGUACACUCUGCUGCACCAAAACAGCAAUGUUCGAACGUACAUGUUGGCUCGAACAGAUAUGGAAAACUUGGUUCUUCCAAUUCUCGAGAUUCUUUAUCAUGUUGAAGAAAGGAAUUCACACCAUGUUUACAUGGCUCUGAUCAUUCUGUUAAUCCUUACGGAAGACGAUGGCUUCAAUCGAUCUAUUCAUGAAGUGAUCCUGAAAAAUAUUACUUGGUACUCAGAACGUGUGUUAACGGAAAUUUCUUUGGGGAGUCUCCUGAUACUGGUAGUAAUAAGAACAAUACAGUACAACAUGACAAGAACAAGGGACAAAUACCUUCAUACAAAUUGUUUGGCAGCUUUAGCCAAUAUGUCAGCACAGUUCCGCUCACUUCAUCAGUAUGCCGCUCAAAGGAUCAUCAGUUACACCUGCCGCCACUUGCGGAGAUAUGUGUAUGUCUUGGACAAAUUGUAUUUCCCCCACUCCCACUGCUCUACGCUGCAGCAUUGCUUCUCGACCCUCAGUGACAAUGGAGAGGAGCUGUUGUCUUUAACCUGUUCUCACAUUCUCAGAUCCUAUGCUUCCAGUUUGUUUGCAUUGCUGUCAAAAAAACACAACAAAGUUUUAGAGCAAGCCACCGGGUCCUUGAGGAGUUCCCUCACUUCGGAUGACUCUCCGCUUCCGGAUUAUGCGCAAGAUCUGAAUGUGAUUGAAGAAGUCAUUCGAAUGAUGUUAGAGAUAAUCAACUCAUGCUUGACAAACUCUCUACACCAUAACCCAAAUCUAGUUUAUGCAUUGCUUUAUAAGCGUGAUCUCUUUGAGCAAUUUCGAACUCAUCCAUCUUUCCAGGAUAUCAUGCAGAAUAUAGAUUUGGUGAUCAGUUUCUUUAGCUCUCGGAUUGAACAAGCUGGGGCUGAACUGUCAGUGGAGCGCGUCCUGGAAAUCAUCAAGCAGGGAGCUGUUGCACUGCCCAAGGACAGGCUCAGAAAAUUUCCAGAACUGAAGUUUAAAUAUGUGGAGGAGGAACAGCCCGAGGAGUUCUUCAUCCCUUACGUCUGGUCCCUUGUGUACAACACCGCCGUGGGCCUUUACUGGAACCCGCAAAGCAUCCAGCUCUUCACCAUGGACUCUGGCUGAAAGGAUGGGCCAAGGCCAUCGCCACCACCUCUCUGCGACCUUCCCCUUUCCUCUCCCAAAGUGCGGUCCUUCAACCCCAAAGCCUACUCAGAAGGAAAUGUGUGACUGUUAUAUGAUCCCUCUGCUUUUUGCAGGACGGCAUUCUAGAAACCAGGAUACUGGGGACUCUGACAAGAUUGUAUGCUGUUGUUGACUUGUAUGUUUGUAGCACCCAAGAUUUUGCAUUGGCAACGGCUGUUACGUCAAAGUGUUAAACACAAAGGGGAUGCUAACAGUGGUCAGAUUUUUUUUAAAAAAUGUAAAGGGGUGUGAAUGUAUAAAAAUAUAUGUUUUGCUUGAGAAAUCGACAUUUGUAAGUCGAUUUCCUUUGAACCUUCUCUGGGCCUGGUUGUGCUUCAACACUUUUUGUUUUUUUCUUUUGUUAUGAAUUAUCACAACAGUCCUCCCUUCUCUUUAACAUUGUACAUAACUGAAAUGCCACCCAAAAAUUGUUGUUUAUAAACUUGGUGACAUUUCAUACAGAGGCUGAAAGAGCAAAAUCCUUGAUUUGAUUUCAUUGAAUCCCAUAAAGGGAAAGUCUUGAUUAGAAGGGAUACAUGGAUUGGCUCAGACACUACGAUAGUCUUCCUGGCUACCUUUAUUUAUGAAAGUCCGAACAAAAUUGAGAGCAGCUGCCCACCAUGAAUAUCUCUUGUCCAGGUUGCAUUUAUCUCACUAAGGUGUGCACGGGACAUGAUUCUGUUGUAUUGUGCCCAUUCACUUCCAUAUUAUAUAGUGUCAUUACACAGUUGGCUGUUGGACAUAUUUUCAUGGGUUUUACAAAUGACUGCAUUCAAAACAUGACUGAUUGAUCAGAAUUCCCUCCUCAUCAGAAAUGUAUGUACUGUAAACUUUCCAAGGCAACAGAUUGUGCCAGAUAGACCUGGCCAUUUGCACACACCUCUUAACUCUUCAAAUUGAACAUUUUUCCUUCCUUUUAGCUCAAAGAAAUAGGUGAGAAAUGUAAGUAAGGUCACCUUUUCACACGGAAUAUGGUCUUGACAUGCAUAAAACCACAUAACCAGCCUGCAGAGGAAAGGGAACUGAUAAAAUAUGCUAGUUUAUUAUCUUCCGCAGCUUGAUAUAUUACAGAACAAACAUGGCAUACCUUGGGAUGCAGGGAAGGGAGCUGACACUCUUCGGAAUGGCUGUGUGCAUAAUAUUCCACUCUAUUUUGUUAACCUCCUGACCAAUGUCGGUGCAGUGUUUUUCCUUCCACCUUUUUAUAAGCAAGGUCCUGCACAAUUGGAAUUUAAAUCCUCAUCCUAUUUAUUUAAAAUGGCAAAUGUACACACACACAUGGACAGGAGAGGAGUUCACAGGGGUUUGCACAGAGACAAACUUGGGGAAGUGGCAAUAUGAAGACUGAAUCGUCAGCAUGUUCAACGUAACGUAUUAAAUGACAUUGGAAGGGUGGCUGAAAAUAAGAGUACCUUGGUCUGCUGUGUUUGGGUUUGGUUUUUCUUUCUGGAUAUCUUGGUCAAAGGAGGACUGGGUUUUUUGUAGUGUUCUCCACAAUCAUUUCCUUUCAAUAAAGAACAUCUUGACUGCAGAA